CCAGCUGCCAGUUGAUCGCCAGCAGUGCCGUCGAUCGGUCAGUUUCUCCCAGCCAGUUUUUAGAGAAAGUCGAAAUAAAAAAAAACAAAUAAAUAAUACAACGAUAGUUGUAAUACUAAUAAUAGUUAUAAUAACAACCAUAGCAUUACCAACAAAACGUGCGAUGUUACGUCGUGAGAAACCUGACUUCAUAUCAGUCCUGAUCUUCACGAGCCUCUGUCUGGGCUUCUGUCGGGGUUAUUUCAGCCUGGAGGUUGGUGAUGCCUGUCCCACGGAGAAUUACCGAAGUCGCUGCGAAUUGGUGGAGGAAUGCCAGACCUUGGCUUCCCAUCUUCAGGCAGGACUACUUAACCUUAAGACCGUGAUGAACUGCGGCUUUACUACUCACACGGAGAAGAUCUGUUGUCCCGUGGAGUAUGCCCAGAGGGAAUUGCGGAUAGAUUCCACAGAAUCAACCACUAGUACCACAACCACAACUACAACAACAACGACAACUACAACGACUACUCCUCCGCCUACACCAGAACCAUGGCUAAGCAUUUUCAAUACGGACCGGGAUUACCUUAAGGAAUCCAUAGAGCCCAUUAAUCGGCCAACCAGGGAGGGCAUCACAUUCCGGGACACUUCCGAGGGAGCAGACUGCACGGCUCCAUUGUACGAAGGUCAGUGUCGGGCUGUAUCGACCUGUCCCAGUGUGAGGCCCCUCCUGGCCCAGGGUCGUCUGAAGGAUGAGGACUUUACGACAUGUCGCGAAGGAACCAUUGAAGAGAUCAUCUGUUGUCCACUUAAUCUGCCACUGCAACCUCGUUUCCAGAGCGACCUACGUUUAGAUGUGCCGGGUGACUCUUCGGAAGGCAAGCAAUCGGACCCUCUGGAGUUGGCCGCUAUUGCUCGGGCGGAUAGCUUAUUGCCUCACUAUCGUCACCUGGCUUCGCUGGCUCAUCCGAAUGCCGCUUUCGAUGGUCACCUGCAUCAUUGUGCCGCCCUUGUGCUGACACCACAGCUCCUGGUCAGCGCCGCUGGCUGUGAACGACCCAGUCAUGCUGUCUUCGGAGUGGCUGAUAUGCGGGACGUUGAUGUGGACGAGGAUUAUCUGGCGGAUAUUGUGCGCCUCGUUCAAUUCCGAAAGGAUCUGUCACUGAUCAGACUACAGGAUCCACUGCGUCUGGGCAGUCAGACCUCAGCCAACGUGAGUUUGGCUCCCAUUUGCAGUCAGUUCGAGUUGACGAGGCUCCAGGUGAGCGGUAGUCUGGUGGCCGUGGGCUGGGGCAAAGGAGAAGAAACGGACUGUCCGCUGUACGAGAUUCCCAUGCGACUGCGUCCCACAUGGGUCUGCGGUGAUUUGCUGAACUUCGGCGGAGUCCAGAAUCUGGGCAGCUCACAUCUUUGUGUGGAACCAGCGGAAGGAGAAAAUGAUCUUAAACAAUUCUCCAAAAGCAGCACCUGCGCCCCCUGUCCAGCAACGGUGGGCAGUAUCCUGCACUUGGUGCGACCAGGAGGUGGUCGCUGUGCCCUGGGAAUCGCCACACCUACAGGUGCUGAGUGCGAAGCACGAACCAUGUAUUUCACCGGUCUACUGAGUCCACAGUUUAGGCGAUUUGUGGAGCAGGAACAGAGGAAGUAGUCCAUCUAUGUCAUAUAUAUUAAGUUAGAACAAUCCAAUUAAGUCUGUACUAUUACUAUAGUUGUAGAUAGGAAAACUAAGGUAUACAAAUGUUUCCGUUACUCAUAACGAAUUCUUGGCAAGCUUGACCAUAACAUAGUGGCAACAUUCAAUCAGUAUGGUAACACUGGAAAACAUCUUACUUUACUGUAAAUGCCUAAGAUCAUAACAGUAAAUAUCUAUGUACUUCGAAACCUCAAAGUAAUUGUAAAACUAAAAUAGGAAAUAAAAUGCAUAUUUAUUACA